AUGGCCCAUGGGCAGAAGAUUCAGUCUCAGCAGAAAAAUGUUGAAAAGCAAGCUGGACAAAAGAAGGAACAAGGACAUGACCACAAGGCGGCUGCCAAAGCUGCUUUAAUAUAUACCUGCAUUGUCUGUAGGACACAAAUGCCACAUCCUAAGACCUUCAAGCAGCACUUUGAGAGCAAACAUCCCAAGACUCCACUUCCUCCAGAAUUGGCUGAUGUUCAGCACAAAGUGUUUACAGAGAUUUCUCAAUUCCACCCGUUUCUUUCCCCUAUAAUUCGGCCUCCCGCUCCGCCCGCUCGCCGUUCCCCCUCCCCGAAUCGCAAGGCCUUUUGCGCGACCAGCGGCCGAGUUCACUUCCAGCCAUGGAAGCGCGUGGCCGCAGGCCUUCCCCCCGCAGCAAAGUCCUAA